UUGGUUUAAAUUUCGGUUUCAUAUUUUUAUUUCAAUUUUCUUCAUGGAGGGGACUAAACAUAAGGAAAAUCCGUAAAUAUUCAUAUUAAUAUACAAAUUAACGAAUAUUGUAGUUUUACCAGGUACAGAGUAUAGCCACAUUAAUUUUACCCAAUUUUAUGCGCCGUGGAAAUAUUUAAAACUUGGAGUGGUAGAUUGAGAAGAGUCAAUGCCUCGCACGAGGAAAAUGUACCUUCAAUAUCAACUACUAAGUAACCUGUUUGUUGUCCAUCACUACUGAAGGUACAGGCAGGAAAAAAUCCCCAUUAUUUCUUUACCUUGAUCGCCAUCAGGAAACGUGAACUGAGAGCCUAGAUCAGUGGCAUACGUGCAGCAUAAGCACAAAUUUCAUCGUCAAUGUUUCGCGUUGAAAUUUUCUUGUAGUUGAAGUGAGUUUUGCGAAAAAAGUUCGUUAAUUCAAGUUUCUGAUUGUUGUCGAGCCGAAAUAAUCACAGAUUUUGGCAGUUUCAGUCGCGAUUUCUCUAAAGAAGUGAAAAGUUGUGUUCAAGAAUGACUAUUAGUUGUAUAAUUAAGAAUGAUUUAAUAAUUUUGAUCCAGUAGUUCCCAACAGUGCGCUAGGGUCCAUCGCUGUGAAAACAUUUUCAUCUAUUUUUAAUCCAAUUUCUGAUGUAGUUCACCUCGUUUUAUAUGCUCUGUUAAAUUUGGAGUUUUUUGCGAAUUUAAUAUACAUAUCUAGAUUUACUUAUCUAUUUACCUACUAUUCCUAUUAAUAUUGCAUUGAAGUGAAUGUAUGAAAUUUGUGUUUAAGGAAACUGUUUACCAGCCCUGUGAAAUUUGUGAGGCUGUAAAAUAAUUGAGCAAACGAGCCACGAAAAAUUUAAGUGUAAUUUUCAAAGUGCAAUGUGCUUCUUGCUUACUCAAAACAUAUUUCAUCUCACUGACUUCUUUGGAAGAAAAUGCUAACUCAAAAGUCAGCUGAUAUCACUUUCUGAAAUAAUUGAACGGGUAGCACAAAGAUAAAAUGACGGUUUUCACUUUGAUUUUGGCGCUUAUGAUCGUCGGACUAGCAGAAGGAGGCCGACAUCUGGACGUGGAGGUGAUGUCAAGCAGGCGAAAUCUGAGGGUUACUUUGAACUCUGUUCAGGUCCUCGAUGCUCGGAUCGGCACGCUGCUCAAUGACGGAACACAAGCCAUGGGUCUUCAUCUGCUGACGCUCAAUCAACAUUCUGGAGCCGUAAUUAUGAAGAAAACGUUCAACACAACUGAGUUCGCAGCUGGCUUGGCACUGUAUCCCGUGCUGACGUCGAUAGCGGCAGGCAGGAUUGCAAUAUUCGCAGUUUUGGCAGAAGCGAGCUUGAACUUGGCACGAGUCACGAGGCAGCUCCUGGCGGGCUUCGGCGUUCACUCUGCGUCGGUGCUGCGGGUGCGGAAUUACUUGGCCUGCGUGCUGACGGUGGGCGGUGUUACCCACGGGGACGCUGCUGUGCUGGACGCCGACACCAUCUCCCUCAAUACCUUCGCGUCGCCUGUGAUAUUCCACGCUGUGAUCCCUUUGUCUGAUCCAGAUUCCUGUUCAUGGAUGAAAGACAACAACAAGAGGAAAAAAUUUUGCAGUCAGUACGACGGGUACGGAGAUUUCUGCGACUGCGAAAAUCCCUUGCCACUUGACUUCCCCAAACAAAAAUUGGCGAACAGCGUCAUCGAAAACAUUCCUGUGUUGAUCAUCGCUGGGAACAGGCCUACUGAGCUCUACAGGUCAAUUAGGUCUCUGCUGGAACAGCCUGGAGGAGCUCCGGAGAAGAUUUUGGUGACGGUAGAAGGAGAUUAUCCGGAAGUGUUUCAGCUGCUUAAUUUAUUGCAGAUUCGCUAUCAGUCAUUUCGUCCCGCUCUUGACUACUCCACGCUUUUGGACUUGAACGACACUCGCGUUUUUUAUGCUGCCAGAAUUUCCAGGCAUUACCACGAUGCUCUACAAUUGGCAUUCAGACUCCACCCUAAUGCACCAGCCGUCAUCCUCUUAGAAGAAGACUUGAUUGCAUCUCCAGAUUUCCUGAGUUUCUUCAACCAGACAGCGUUUUUAUUGGCUUCAGACCCAAGCCUGUAUUGCAUCAGCGCCUGGAACGAUCUUGGAGCCUUACACACUUCCAGGGACACGGGGCUUCUUAUGCGCGUGGAGACGAUGGUCGGUAACGGCUGGAUGCUCACUCGACGCAUCUUCCAGGAGGUCGAAGGCACUUGGCCCAUGAAUGUAGGAGAGGGCGACUGGGACAUGUGGCUGCGGAUAGACGAGAACGCGGCGCAGAGAGAGUGCGUCAUUCCUGCCGUGUCGCGAGUGUUCCACUACGGGCUGACUGGCGCCCACGUUAGAGGGCCGAUGACGAUAGCCCACUUCGCAGGACACCUCACAACUUCACAGCCAAACAUUUGGCUCAAGGAUACACACAAAUUAGUCCAGACAGAAUACGAGAAAAGUAUCUAUGAGUUGCUGGAGAGCCCAAACAUCGUCUUCCACAAUACUUCGCUGUCGCCAUGUAAUAAAAACUACCUUCCAAAAAAUUUCACGGAAACACUUGUGAUAUUUUUUGAAAUGACGCAAGGCCUUGAUAAGGCAGGCUGGGCACUUCUGGCAGCUUGUCUCGGGUUGUGGCACCUAGACACCAGGGGCCAUCACAGAGGUUUAUUCAGGUUCAACUAUUACAAUACAACUGUGCUGGCCAUUGGAUACCCUUUCAGCGAUUACAGUUAUUUAAAGCCCCCUAAAAUCUGCAUGCCGAAGAAAAUAGAGACUACAACCGAACUGCAGCUGCUGGACACUCUUGUUGUUGAAAACCGACGGCGGCACCGCGUGGCAGACUUGGAAGAAUUUCUCCCUAGCCUCAUGCUAGACGUUAGAAUACCCUCAUUUGCUUAUAGUUAGUAUAAUUAGUAUAAGCAGGGAAUUACUUAGUACUUAUAGUUAGUAUAUGCAGCGAAUAACUUAGUAGUUAUAGUUAGUAUAUGCAGAGAAUAACUUAGUACUUAUAGUUAGUAUAAGCAGAGAAUUACUUAGUACUUAUAGUUAGUACAGGGUGUACCAGAAUUAAC